UGAAAAGGACUCCAAACAGGGAGUACCAUGGAAUUUGGCAGUUGGGUCAGAAACUGCCAGUGGUCAAAGAAUAACAUGCUCGUAGUGCCACCGACUUUCUCUGACAACCAUCCUCACUAAGCAAAUUUCCUCCACCUUUUAUGUCUUUACACCAAAUUUGCAUCCUGAUCUAUUUCUGUAUCAGGGGUUGGAGUGCACCCUGGGACAAAAAAGUAAAGAUGGGCCCCUGCUCCCCGCUUCUUCAGAAAGGCACAAUGGGGGAGAGCAACCCAGUCAACAGGCCCCCCCCCACACGCAAGGGCCCAGGGACAUUUGUCUCCCCUCCCCCACUUGGUCAGUUGUAGCUGUGCCCCUGUUCCAUAGGAAAGGCCAACCGGAAAAACCACCUUGAAAUUAAGGACCAGAAUGAUUGGCAUGGGCCUCAGUCUGAAGAACCGUCAGUAACGUCCCUGGAAACCAGUCAGGCUUAAUUCUUAGUAAAUGUAUUUAGGCGCAUGGUGGAAGUGAUGCUGUGCAGAGAGCCUGUGGGCCUUUGAUGCUGGGGGAAAUGCAGCACUGCAUGGAGGUCAGUGCAGAAGGAAAUGGCUUGAAGGCAAACAAUGGUCGAUCAACUUGAUAUCCCUCGGAGGUCUCAUGCCAGCAAAACAAAUGUCUACUGCUCUGAAGCAGAGGCCACCCCUCUUGGAAAUGGCAAUGGGCCGCUGUCACAGGAAGAGCUAGUAGCCGAAGUUGAAAAGGUAAUAGAUGAAAGUGAGGAGGUAGCUGAGAAAGAAAAAACAGAGGAAGUUCUUGUGCCAGUGCAGAUCACAGACCGAAUAUUUUUUCUUGAUUUAGCCAACAAGAAACAAGCUACUAUUCCAUGGCAAGUUUUUGAAUUGGAAGACCUGGAGGAAUUGCAUCUGGAGAGAAAUAUGAUUGAGAGCAUCCCAGGAAGUAUCUAUCGACUUAAACGUGUGAAAGUUCUUUAUCUAAAUAAGAACAAUAUUCAAGACAUCUGUGAUGAAUUUGGAGAACUGAAGUCCCUCGAGAGCUUGGAUUUAAGCAGUAAUCCACUCUUACCCAGUUCACUGGAUAUCAUCAGUAAAUUGAGGGCGCUUCAUCGGCUCAGGUUAUAUGAUGUAAACCUAGAUGAAUUUCCAGUGGAAAUCUGCAAACAUCUUCAUCAUUUGGAGCUACUUGGACUCUCUACAAACAAUCUAAGUUGCCUUCCCAAAGAAAUAGUCAAUUUGACCAAACUUAAAGAGAUUUAUUUACAGAAGAACAAGUUUGAAAACUUUCCCCCAGAACUUUGCCAACUUAGUAAUCUGGAGAUAAUAGACCUGGAGAAAAAUAGUCUGAGUCUCAUACCUGAUGAGAUUUGCUCCCUGGCAAAUCUAACCCAGUUCUUUGUUGGCUUUAACAAGCUGACGUCAGUGCCUGAUACACUGAGUAUGUGUGUAAAACUAACUAUACUUGAUUUGUCCAGCAAUCUUCUAUAUAAACUCCCUCGAAGUUUAAAGGAACUGAUAGAAAUGAAGGAAUUUGCAUUGUCUGGGAAUGCCCUGGCAAAAUUUCCACGCCAGAUUCGUCGCUGGAAGUCGCUUAUUGUGGUUUACAUGAAAAACUGUACACUGCAGUUGGUACAUCCUUCUUUUGCCAAGCUGACCAAUAUAAAGAUAUUAGACCUAAGUGAAAAUCUCCUGGAGGAGUUGCCAAGAGAGAUUUGUGCGAUGGAAAAUCUGGAGAUAUUGUCAAUGGAUGACAAUCAGAUAUUUGAGAUACCCCCAGAAGUGUCCAGACUUUCUCAGCUAAAAUGCCUCAGUCUGACUGGCAACAAGUUCUUUAAUUUUCCUGAGGAAAUAUUUCUUAUUACAUCACUAGAGAAAUUGUACUUGGGGCAAGAUAAAGGGUACCAACUUGCAAAUGUACCAGAAGACAUCAGUAAGUUACAGAACUUGAAAGAGCUGUACCUCGAGAACAACUAUUUGGAGUCUCUUCCAGCAACCAUAGGCCUUCUGAAUAACCUGGAAAUACUUGACUGUCACAACAAUUUUCUUAUCGAGCUGCCUGACUCCAUAUGCCAAAUACAAGGUCUGCAAAAACUACUACUUCAUAACAAUCAGCUAUUUCAAGUCCCAGAGCACUUGGACAGUCUAGAGAAACUGCAGCUUCUUUCGCUGGAUGGAAACCCUUUGAUGUCCCCUCCAGUGGAAGUGUUCCGUCAAGGGCUACCGGCCAUAUGGGAUUACUUACAGUAUCAAAGGCAACGGAAGGCCUGGACCAUAAAGGUCCAGGCUUGGUGGCGUGGCAUAAUGGUGCGGAAGGGGAUCGGAGCCUAUGCUGAAAUCUUAAAAAUGCUAAGGAAAGUCAAGAAAGAGAAGAAAGAGAAGAAGGGCAAGGAAAAAGACAAAGGGAAAGGGAAAAAAGACAAAGGGAAGGGCAAAGACAAAGGGAAGGGCAAAAAGAAAUAACUAUGUUAUUGGUUUAUAGUAUGAAGGAGCAUUUUAAGAAAGGAUGUGAAGAAAAAGCCAGGAGAAUAAAGACACACACAAAACGUGGGGAGAAAGAAUGUGCAAAAAUGUUCACAAAUCAAGAAAUACUUUUCUGAUGUUUAGAAUUAGUUGACGGAGUAGUGGUCCAGCCAGGCAAUUCUUACAUUCUUGCAAUGAAAUCCCAGGAGCCAGAGAGAAGAGCUUCAGUGUCCCCUAUCUGUGAACAUAUGGAGCUAUUUCAUGAGUCCAACCACUGGUCCAUUUAGCUCAGUAUUGUCUGCACUGACUGGCAGCAGCUCUUCAGGAUUUCAGACAGGGGUCUCACCCGGCCUUUCUGGUAGAAGCCAGCCAGGGGCGGAACUACUAGUGUUCCAAGAUGUCCUUGGAACACGGACUGCCUCACUCAUCUGCCCCCUCCCCUCUCUUCUGGUUGGCCGGCUGGCCACUCUUGCUACCCUACAGGUCAGAUGAUUCUGCUGCUGCUGCCAUGCCAGUUUGCUGCCACUGCUUGCCAGCUUGGCUGGGCAUGGGGGAGCGCAUGCGCAACGGGCUUGUCUGGGAAUGGAGAGCACAGAGUGAGUGGCAGGAGCAGCAGCAGCAGCGAUGGUGAACACAGAAGGCAUGCACCAAAGUGACAGACUGAUGGGGACACACACACACACACGAGCUCUUGAGCCACCAGCUGGUGACCAUUGUGCUAGUCCAGAAAUUCAGGCCCCAUGCCCAAAGUCAACAUGAAUAUUUAGUACAUUGUUUUGGCAGAUACUUUCCAGUUUUUUCUGUUGGUCUUUGGAGAGAACCCAGCCUUGCAGGCCCAGCUCUGUGAGCAUGAGUAGCUUUGGCAAGAGAGCCAACAGUUGGCUAAACCAUUCCCCACAAUCGCAGCACAAUGAUGGCCGAAGACUGACAUCCAGUUCGGAAAGCUGCUCGAGGGCCACGAGGCCUUGGUAGAACGUUGCCCAUCCGUGGUCCGAGAUGUGGUGGUUAUAGCUAAGGUCCAGCUUCUGUAGUUUAGUCAGAUGCCCAGCUUGGAUAACCAGGGCUGAAAGAAACAACCAUCAACUCGAUUGGUAAUGUUGGGUUUUAAAGUGUGCGAGUUUCAAAGCAUGUGCAUUUAAGCUGCAAAUGAGUUUUGUAUGAAGUUAAAAAAAAAAAAAGGUUGUACUUUGUGAGGAGACAAAUCACAAAGAUAAA